GUCAGCGCUAGGACAAGACGACGGACAGCAGCCCACGGGCAAUUUGGCUUAGGUUUGCUGCGUCAUGUUUGUCUCAACGAAACGAUAGCGUGUGAACAGCUGAUCGGCGCAUCUGCCAGCCCAUGGGCGACUGGGCGGCGUGACACCCUGUCUCGUUGGCGGGCUGACCGCCCCGACCGACCCUAUCAGCAUCUCACUUCGCAACUGCACCUGACAAUACACCCUCAACGCUGCCUGCGACGUCCUCUCUCCUCCUCCUCCUCCUCUCUCACAAUAUCACCGUGUCCUCCUUACGGUCGGCCCGUCACAAGCCCAGUGCGACUUCGAGAGCUUGCGCAAUGCACCUGGCCUGAGGAGAGAGCCUGGUACAACCCCACCAUCCGUCUGCCCACCUGCGGAGCCUCGUCACGCUUUACCGACAUCGCUGUGCCGCUGCACCGUCCCUCACUCUCUCUUGUUGAAGUUAAGUAGCCCUCGCUCUGGCUUCCUCUUGACUACUUCGCUUGUUUCACCAUGGAUUGCAACGCCUCUCCGUCGGCACCGGCUGCGUCUGGCAGCAAUAUUGAAGCCAAUAUCCGUCGUGCUCACGGGACACAUGCGCCAAGGUUGCGCUCAGAUGCCGCCGGGGUAGAAUCCUGGAUUGAAGUAUCGUCUCGACCGUCAUCAUCCUCCUUAUCAUCUGUCGCCGACGAGAUCAUCACCGAGGGGCUCCGCGUGCAGCACGAUUCUAACCUUCUUCGAAGACGCACGCGAAAGCGCGCAAACGAUCAUAUCCACACAUAUGGAAACAGACAGUCCUACGCCGGCACCAGCAGUCAAGAAGAGUACGAGGAGAGCGAGAGCGAAUCUGACCGUAUUAUGACCUCCUCCAAUGAGGCCUUGCCGCGAUCCCCUCUACGACAUGAGUGGAGGCCAACAGGGCCACAAUUUACCCUGUCAUCAGCGUCCUCGGACAACGCGUAUGCUAGUGAGGACGCUGAUGACAACGAAAAUGCUACAGCGAUUGGCCUAAGGCGAGGCGAGGAGUACUUUACCCCGCAGCCAAAUGUCUUUUCACACCCACCUACUGCGAGUCGGGCAAGCUCUCAGCAGCAGUCUACAAACUCCUACUUUUCUGAGCGCCCGGUUCGCCCUUCUCAACGAGGCUCAUACGCAACAAGAGAGCAACAUUCACCUUACAAUGCCAUUUCGCCGUCGCAUCAGGCAGAUCACGAUGCUGCUCUUAGAGCCAGCUUGUCAACAUUGCUAUCAUGCGCUGCAGCAGCACGAGGUUUGCCCAAGUCAAACCAGCAAGCUCUGCAGGCCAGCACACGGCCGGUUACUUCAAACCGUGUAGAUCCGACAUCUAUCGGCCUGAUUCCAGAAUCUGCGGUUUAUGGCAGCCCUGCAAAACCAGCAACACAAUCAUCCCAAAAGUCGGCUGAAAGCAGUGCAGUGGCAUCUCCUGAUAAGACUAAGCGUAAGGUUACAUCAUCUACAGCGCAAAGAAGCAAUAGCAAGGACAGGCGGACAACCAAAAAGGCCAGAAAGACAUCCGCGAAUUGGACACCCGCGACGAUGGAAGACGUCAACCCAACGCUGCUCACUUGGUUUGUCGGAGCAGGUGUUGUUGUGCUUAUUAGUGCACUGAGUUUCUCUGCUGGUUAUAUUACUGGCCGCGAACACGGUCGCGCAGAGGCCAUUGAAUUAGGUAUGGGCGCAGGAGAAGUUGGUAGAUGCGGAAAAGAGGCUAUGGUGGCAGGCGCUGGUCGAGGUCUACGUCGGUUGAGAUGGACUGACGCUGCCUCUAGCAUGGUUUCGUGAGGAGACUAGAUUGGAUUUUGACGAGUUGCCUUGGUGUGGUCGCAUAGUUUGGAGUCUCGUCGUGGAGAAUGCACCGCCGAGAAGGUCGGCUUGCAAAUAAUGAGAUAAGGAUAGACCUUGUGCCGUUACUUAACAACAGCUUGGUGUUAUCAGAUGGCAACGUUCGACAAUUGGGUAGCCGACAUGACAGCAACGAUAGUUCAAGGAUGAAGCACAUUCGGCAGGGUUUGAAUCGGCGUUUGGGAUUCGUUGUUUUUUCUCCGAGAGGGAGUGACAAAGGACGCUAUUCAUACCCUUCGUCCUUGGAUAACAUAACAUGGCGCAUGCAUAUGAAUAGUCUCAGCAAUCGAGCAGCUCUAAUAAUCACCUUUGCUACUUGCUUGGACCUGAAUACAAAUGAAUUCCUCGAGAUCAGUUCUUUCA